ACCAAUAAUAAGACUCUCUCUUAAGAGUUGAAUAUUGUUAUCUUUUUCAAAUCUUUUGGGUUAUAUGUUGGAACUCCAAGCUAUCAGUUAGUUUGGUAUAUAUUCUUUUCAUACAAAACAGAACUAGAAAAGCUAAAAUUCUAACCAAUUGUUGAUGUAGUUGGUAAGCCACUAUAGAUUUUGUUAUACCAUACAAUAAUAUGCCCAAACCAAUCCGUAGGCUUGCUUUUAAGGAGAAGAUGCCUCCAUUUUCUUUCCAUUGUCUUUCUUUAGUUUCUUAAAAAAGAAGAUAUCAUUGAUUUUGAAAGAAGACAAAGGAGAAAUGUGUCCUCUGAGGUUCUUGCUGGUGUUUCUCUCAGCAGUUUUAGCAGGAUACGUAACAUGGAGGACGGCACAUUCGUCAUCCAAUAUUGACGAUGAUGGCGGCGGCAAUGGCAAUGUAGUUUCUGAGGAUUCUGGGAAGAUUGUUGCCAUAGAAAAACAAGAAAUCAGUUCCAAAAGGAAGGUUCAGAAUGCAUUCUGGGUAUUUGUUGACAUGGCUAGUGGGAAGUAUUUGUGGAGGAAUUUCAAGAAUUCAGAAUAGGAAAAGAAGAAGAAAUAUCGACUCUGCAAAUGUCGAGAUUCGAACAUUGAUCUACUAGAUAUCAACUUUUAAAGAUGACUCAUGAGUCAUGACUGCACGAAUCUCGAACCUAAGAGCCACUUGUAUAAUUUUUACAUGUUGUACAAUUCAAACUUGGAACUUAAUCUAGGAAUAUGUGUGAAUGCAAUGGGAGAAUCUGGAAUGUAAAGAGAUGAAAUGCAAUUUUUCUGGAUCUCUACCCUGUAAUGAAUGCAAUCUAUCCAAGUAUGAUCUUUGCCAGAAAAAUUGAAAUUUCCGACAAAAUUGUUUCAUGACUUGAUGAAUAGAAAUUGAAACUCGAAUUCACUCGUGUCCAGAUUCGCAUAGGAUACGAGUGUUGGUCUAUCAAAGACGAGUAUUUCAAGAAAAACAAAGAGCUGGAAUCGAUCGAA